UUCGCAAUAGCAGCUGACCAGUAGCAUGUUCACGUUGAAUUUCCAAGUUGAACCUGUUUGGUCAUUUCCUUUCCACCGCAUUAUCAUUAUUUAAUAUUUUUUUUUCCCAUUGUAUUCCGUGAUAAUUUACAUAUAUUAUUAUUAUUAUUAUUAUUAUUAUUAUUAACAGCUACGACCGUCACCGCGUUCGACUUGGCCAACCGACGUUCGUUUGUAAAACGUAAGCACGAAUACGCAGUAGAAGAAAAUAUCAGGAGAAUAACGUGUCGCGGACGUUAUCUUGGCGUGUGAAAAUUCGGACAGAUAACCGAGAUAACGCUGGCUGACACAAGACCCGUAGUUUGUUACUGCUGUAGAUGUUGUGUUCUUCGAAACCGUGUCGACUCAUAAUUUAUCAAUUCGUCCGCGAUCGUAUCGAUAUUGUCGUUUACAUUAAAUUUUGUCGUACCUCACCACUGCGUUUCGACUGCCGACGAAUUCGCGACUCGUGAUCUGUGAUUUUUCCCAUGGAAUUCGUCAUCAGUUUGUUUUGGUUUUUCACCAGGUUACGAUGAGGUGUUACGUUUGUUGUGCACGUUUCCUGUUGACGUUCUGUUCGUUGCCCCCGAGUUAGAAGGGACCACACCAAUAUGCCUACCAACGGUCUUGAUCAUGAAGAACUGGUUGUUUUGCCUCCGAACGCCUUGGACAUGAGGACAACAGGGGUGAACAACAACAACAACAACAAUAAUAACAAUAACAACAACCAAGCGUUCAAUGUACGAGACCGUCUGUUUUAUGCCUUGUUCUACAAGGCAACCUUGGGAUAUGCAAGAAUAUUUCCUAGAUCGCUGAGGAGGCUUAUUGAGUUUGUGUUCUUAUUGAAGGCAGUGUUCUCAUUUUUCGUGCUCGUCUAUGUGCAUAUGAAUUUCUCAAGAAUGCCAGCCAACUGUUUAGAUCAUGUCAAAGAUUCAUGGCCCAGAGACGGUAUUCUCCGAGUAGAGAUUAUCCGGUCUUAUCAACGGACUCUAGCUGAACAAAGAGGCACACUGAAUGAUUUGUUCACAGUAGAAAAAUCUUAUGAACGCGAGUAUAAACUUAAAGAACUGGAAACAAACGAUGAAAAUGUUUCAAUGUUUUUGAAUCCUUUCACCAAAAUUAAUAACCCAGAGAACAAAGAAAAAGUUAAUAUUGACCCAUCAACAGAAGAGCUAGAUGGAAAAAAAAAUCGAUACAGCUCCACUAAAUCAAACUUUUUUUUCAAUUACAUGUUAGCUUUAGAUGAAGAUGAUGUAAAAGAAGAGAAAAAAGGAAUAUCGAGUACUUUAAGUAACUUACAUCAUAAUACAAAUAAAUCUAAUUUUUCUCAAACGGAUAGUUCUACAGAAUUUCACUCCACUAAGUAUGCAAAUAGUACUAUUAGAGGGAUUUCAGGUAUUGAUAGCAAUGAAAUAAUUCAGUCUCCAAGUACUAAUACUAAACCACCUGUAUAUGAAGAAAACGAAGGCAUGUUUUAUGAAAAUUACAUUAUCGAAUACUCAUUGGAGUAUGGAUUUUUGCGGUUGUCGCCAAAUGCUAGAAGUCGAUUAGGCAUUCCAGUAAUGUUAGUUGCAUUAGAACCUACUCGGCAUAAAUGUUUUGGCGAUUCAAUAGGUCAGUUUUUCUUGGAAUAUUUUCUCGGAUACGAUGAUCUUCUUAUGUCCUCCGUGAAAUCUCUAGCUGAAAAUGAACAAAACAAAGGAUAUUUGAGAAACGUCAUCACCGGUGAACAUUACCGAUUUGUAAGCAUUUGGAUGGCCAGAACAUCUUACAUUGCUUCAUUCUUUAUAAUGGUUGUGUUUACUGUAUCAAUUUCAAUGUUACUGAGGUAUUCACACCAUCAAAUAUUUGUUUUUAUUGUGGAUUUGCUACAGCUAUUGGACUUUCACGGUUCACUCUCUUUCCCAGCAGCACCACUCUUGACUGUCAUACUGGCUUUAGUCGGCAUGGAGGCUAUAAUGUCGGAAUUUUUUAACGACACCACCACGGCAUUUUACAUUAUACUAAUCGUCUGGGUGGCUGAUCAAUACGACACCAUAUGCAGCCAUUGUCCGAUUACGAAAAGGCAUUGGCUAAAGUUUUUCUAUCUGUACCAUUUUUCGUUCUAUGCUUACCACUAUCGGUUCAACGGUCAGUACAGCAAUUUGGCUCUCAUCUGUUCUUGGUUCUUUAUUCAGCAUUCCAUGAUUUACUUUUACCAUCACUACGAGCUGCCGUACGUGCUGCAGCAAGCCCAACUGCAGCAGGUGAUUAUUCAGAGGCAGCAGCAGCAGCAGCACCAGCAGCAACAGCAGCAGCAGCAGCAGCAACAGCAACAGCACCAGCACCAACACCAGCCCCAGUCGGCCACGGGCGACGGGCUCCGGUCGGAUGUCGGAAGUCCGUUGGAAGUGACCCUGAGGCCGGUGCAACAUUUCAGCAUAAUGAACGGGCUGAACAACCUGGGCCGCCUACGCGCGGUGCUGUUACGCCGGCGGAGGGUGCGGACGUUCGAGUCGCCUCCCCCGCCGCCGCCACAGCCGCCCGUCGAUCAGAGCACGUCUCGGACUUCGACCGCCCGUACCCUGGCAUCGUCGACCUCGGCCACCACCACUACUACCGCCCCUGCCGAACACGCUGACGCUCCAGGGCUCGGGAAUUCCGACACGGAAAACGGUGGUGCGCCCGCCGCGGCCUUCCAAUAGUGCGCGUUUACCCUCCCGGCGAGUAACGCUAUUACGGCCCUAGUACCAACCACCACUACUACCACUUCUAUACUACCAUUACUGUUAUACUACUACUACUACUAUUACUACUCUAUACUAUUGUUCUACCACUAUAUAUAACUCCCGUAUUAUUACCAUGUACAUAUUUCUACCGCGACGUUCUGAGCACACGCCGUCGAAACGAUAACGAUACGAGUUUAUGAUAAUAGCAAUAACAAAGAUAUAAGAAUAAUAAUAAUGAAAAAAAAAAAUAAAAUAAUAU